CUUUUUUUGGUCAUGAUCUCUUCGGGUUUAUGACAUGUUGGUUCUUUGUUAUAUUCUCAAUUAAUCGAUCUCUCUCUAUAUAUAGGAUCAUAUCCCUCUUCAAACACCAGCACAACUCAAAGUUUCUGAACAUUCCUUUUCUGUCUCACGCACGCACAGAAGCACAAAGAAAUGGGGAUAAUGAGUGAACACAAGAGGAGGUAUGCAUUGCUGCUAGCAGCAAGAGACUCAGAGUAUGUGAAGAAGGUGUAUGGAGGGUAUUUUAAUGUAUUUGUCGCAGCUUUUGGUGAAGAAGUAGAAGAGAGGUGGGAUUCGUAUAGGGUAGUUGAUGGGGAAUUCCCUGACAUGAAUGAGCUUCAAGACUAUGAUGGGUUUGUAGUGAGUGGAAGUCCUUAUGAUGCUUAUGGUGAUGACAAUUGGAUUCUUGAGCUUUGCGUUCUUUUGCAAACCCUAGAUUCCAUGCAAAAGAAAAUCCUUGGCAUUUGCUUUGGACAUCAGGUUCUGAGUAGAGCAUUAGGGGGAAGAGUAGGGAAAUCACAAAGUGGGUGGGACAUAGGGCUUAGGAAAGUGGAGAUUAUACAAAAAUUCUCCCCUUGCAGAUUUCUUGAAAGCUUGACUGAGAUUCCCCCAGCCCUCUCCAUCAUCGAGUGUCACCAAGAUGAGGUGUUGGAGGUGCCAAUGGGAGCAGAAGUCAUAGCAUUCUCAGACAAAACAGGAGUCGAGAUGUUCACAAUUGGAGACCAUAUUCUUGGGAUUCAAGGCCAUCCGGAGUACUCCAAAGACAUUCUAAAUAACCUCAUAGACCGCCUUCUCAAUCAAGAUGCCAUUGAGAUUGGACUUGCAGAAGAUGUAAGGUCAAAGUUGGAAAUUGCGGAGCCCGAUAGAAAGUGUUGGCAAGAAAUAUGCAAAGCAUUUCUUAAGGGUUCAGAUAAUCAAUGUCCCAAGUACGUAUUAAGCACCGAAGAUGUUAUGUUUUCUUGAUGUUCAAAAGUUCAAGAAAAAUUGCACAUAUUAUUUCAACUCUCUCCCGUUUUAUUGUGUUUUCGCAUUGCAAAGAGUGGCCUAAAAUGGGCAUGAUCAAGUCCAUCUACGAUAUGUACACGAUAAUAUGAAUUACAUACAAAAAUAUUUCUCACUUUCUACUUGUAUUAAGCAUGUGUGACUCAUUAUUGGUCUCUUUUUGGUUGCUAUAUAUUUUGUAAAGAGAAACUAAUAAAUUGAGUAGGACUU